CCGAGCAGGGACUGUCCGUACAAUAGCAGUCCCAUCAGCUGUUGUGCUGGGGGGUGAAUGGGGUUUCUUUCUCCUGCGGGGUUUUCGAAGUUUUGAGAACACCACCCCUGUAACACCGGGAUCCUCGCGUGUUUCGGUGACGAGCACACACCCCCCCCAAAAAAAACCACAACUGGGGGGAAAAAAAAUCUUUCUUUCUUUUUUUUUCUUUCCAGAAAUCGACAAAUCGUUUUUUUUCCCCCCCGUUUCCAGCUCGUUCCAUUUGGAAUUGGGGGGUAGACUGUGAGUGUGCAUGCUGGUGGCGAAGCGACUGAACUGGGUCUUUUUUGGGGGGGUGGGGGGAUUUCUGGAGGAAUGAGCACACUGCUGGAGAGGGAAAGCGAAGAAGCGCAUGGUUGAAGGAGAAAAUGGAAUGCAGAGAAAUCGGAGCCGAUGUGGAGGAAAAAACGCCACCAGUUGAGAAAUCUCCAGAUGUGAACCCCAAAGAAGAGGUGAAGAACCCCGCGAGAAAAGAUGCCUCUCCCGCUCCCCCAGGCAUGAGUGUCAGCCCUCGACCCAAACAAGAUGGCCUGAAAUCGGAGGACAGACAGAAACUGGCCAAGGAGAGGAGAGAAGAGAGAGCCAAAUAUUUGGAGCAACGUAGCAUGACGCAAGCUGCCAAGAAGACGCAGUGGCUGGAGAAAGAGGAGAAAGCCAGACAGCUGCGCGAGAAACAGCUGGACGACCGCAGAAAGAAGCUGGAGGAGCAGAGGCUGAAGGCCGAGAAACGCAGGGCGGCGCUGGAGGAGAGGCAGCGGCAGAAACUGGAGAAAAACAAGGAGAGAUACGAAGCCGCCAUUCAGAGAUCUGCAAAGAAAACAUGGGCAGAAAUCCGCCAGCAGAGGUGGUCUUGGGCAGGAGGCCUUAGCCAGAACUCGCAGAAGGAAGGUACAGGCAGAUGUUCGAUGUCAGCGGUGAACCUCCCUAAACAUGUGGAUUCCGUUAUAAACAAGAGGCUGUCCAAGUCCUCUGCCACCCUCUGGAAUUCGCCAAACAGAACCCGCAGCCUACAGCUCAGCCCCUGGGAGAGCAGCAUUGUGGACCGGCUGAUGACGCCCACCCUGUCCUUCCUGGCCCGCAGCCGCAGCGCCGCCACCCUGCUGGGCAGCGGGAAAGACGCGCUCUCGCCCCUGUGUCCUCGGUCGGCGUCCGCCAGCCCUCUCGCCCCCUGCAAUAACCACAGAGCCCAUCACCGCUGCUCCGACCGCUGGAAGGUGUCGGCCAGCACCCCUGACAUCACCCAGCGCCGGAGGCGGGACUCCACACCGAUGGAGAAAAAGAAAAAAGAGAAGAAAGACAAGGAACGGGAAAAUGAAAAAGAGAAGCACGCCCUCGCAAAGGAAAAGGUGCUGAAGAAGAGGCAGUCUUUGCCAAGCAUGAAACACAGAAUAGAGACCAGCAGUCCAGCGUCCAAGAACCGUCCUUCUUCGCCGUCGACGCCGAAGGCGCGGCCUGCUUCCCCCAGCCCCGCGGUGUCUGCCAGGAUCCUGGCUGAGAAACGCCGGCAGGCCCGCGAGCAGAGGGAGAGAGAUGAGCAGGAGAGGAGGGAGAAGGAGGAGAGAGAGAGGGUUCUCCGCGAGGAGCGGGCGCAGCAGGAGGCGGAGGAGCGCGCACAGCGCCAGGCCGAGGCCCAGAGGCUAGCGGAGGAGCGCCGGCAGCAGGAGGAGGCCCGGCAGCAGAGGGAGGCGGAGGAGCGGGCGCGGGCCGAGCAGGAGGAGAGCGAGCGGCUCCAGAGACAGAGAGAAGAGGCCGAGGCGAAGGCCCGGGAAGAGGCCGAGAAGCAGCGCCUGGAGAGGGAGAAACACUUCCAGAAGGAGGAGCAGGAGCGCUUGGAGAGGAAGAAGCGUUUAGAAGAGAUUAUGAAAAGGACACGUAAAACGGACGGUGGAGAAAAGAAAGACGCCAAGUCUUCCUCUUCUGCUCAAGUGAACGGCAAAGACGCCAAGGCGGAUCCCAAGGGAAGAGAGGCCAAUUCUCGGCAAAACACAGAGGCACAAAUAGUGGUGUCAAAUAAGGAGACAGAGGAGGCCCAGUCACAGAGCACCAUAAAGGAGAAGCCUGGGGAACAGACCAUAGAGAGCCUGCCGGUGCCGGUCUUGAACGGCGUCCAGCCCACCAAGCAUGAGAACGGCCUGUCCAUGAAGGGGGAGGGCCCCGACUUUGAGGAGAUCAUCGAACUGGCCAAUCACAGCAGCGGCAGCCAUGGAGGGCCGGAGAAAUCGGCGAGCGAGAUCCCCAGUGAGCCAAUCCUGGCCUUCGAGGGGGCGGAGCCCUUCCUGAAGAAAGCCGGCCCCCUCAAGCCCCAGCAAGUCGCAGAGGUCCUGUGAGCUGCACAGCCACCUACCACUUGCAACGGUCACCACUGGGCAGAUGAACAACUCUACACAGCACAGCUUCAGGAGAGAAAUGUGCAGAAACAAAUAAAGACCAGCGACGGCUUUUUAGGGUCAACAAAACUGUAAAAGCAGAAGAAGAUCGAAACGACGCGUACUUCCAAGAAGAAUGAGGAAUAACUCAAGAGAAGGAAUUUGCAAAAUCAGAGAAUUGUCAUACAUGUCAACUUCACUUCAGAUGAGUUUUAUUUUACUGAAAGGAAUAUCACAUGCAGUUUUUAACAUGCACCAUAAAAGACUGACAGCUUAAUCCAUUGUAGAAAACACAAAAGCAGAACAGCCACAAUAUUUUGACUAUUAUUAUAAUUAUGAGUUCGACAAAGAAGUGUGUUGGUUAUUUUGUCUUUAAUAAUUUAGUUAUUUAACUUGGAAAAUGUAAGCAACUACUGGGUACAGUGUAUGUGAAUAAUGUAAAUAAACCUCACAGUGGUCCACCAGGAUACUUCGGUGAGCUACGUCUAAUAAAGGUUUAUGAACAGGACUUGGCAUUCUGCAUCUCUUGUAGCAGGAGACCUUUCAAACAGCUGUUCUUUGAGGCUAGGACCCCCUCCCCUUCCUGCCCCUGAGGGCCACAAUCCCAGCAGCCUUUUCUUGACCCGUUUAAAAUGAGCAGGUUAUGGAAAUCACUCUAAGUGAGCCUUAUUUGGAUUAAUUUAAACCCUUGUAGAGUCCACAUCCACUGGAGACCUUUUUGCUGCGCAGAAGAGGUGUUUAUUGUAUAUAUGGGCACAGGGAAGCACCCUCCUUGCAAUUAGGAAGAUGGCUCCAACAAGAAACGUUACAGCUGACCUUUUAUACACUUACUAGAUAAGGAAUACAAAGAGCUUAAGUCUCAAAGUGGGGGAAAAAAAACUUGUCUUAAUUUCUAUUGGUUAAACAAACUCCUGCUUUGAUCGGAAGAUGUCUACGUAACUAAGCUAUAUCAGUGUUUUUUUCAAGCAGGUAGUUAUAAUUGGCCUUCUACACAAAAUAAUUCUUUGAGAUUCUUAAAACAAGCAUUCUUUGUGUCUGCAGGCCCCUAGUCUUAUCAGCAGACGAUACUGAAAUGUAGCAGCUGGCAUUUUGCUGAAACAGAGAAGAGAAUGUUUAACCCUUCACCCUCAAGUCUUGCAUUGCUGCUAUGUGUGUCCUCCUAAGAAUACAAGAACAGCGACAAACUAAAGAAGGCCUUUAGGCAAAUCUAGACCCUGUGGUAGGUAGUAGCCAAUUGAUCCAAAAAUCUCAUCAGGGCAUUUCUUGUGUGAAGUCUGGCUUCAACAACAUGCCUGGCCAGCUUGUCCAAUACUCCCAUAGCCCUUGAGCGUAAAAGAAGUGCCUCCUGUUCUCAGUUUCAAAAGCACUUCCAUACAGUGUCCACUUGUGUGCUCACUACACUGUUCAUACUGAAGAAGACCGCUAGGUUAACUUUGUCAAAGCCUUUGAGGAUUUUAAAUAUUAGUGUGUAGUUCUUUGUAAUCUUCUGUGAUCAAGACUAAAAAGGUUCAGCUGCUUCAGCCUGUCAGAGUAAGACAUUCCCGUAAGCCCUAGUAUGUAUCUGGUGGCUCUUCUCUGGACUGAUUCCAGAGCAGCUAUGUUUUUUCUGUAACUUGUAACUUGACUGAAAGGGUUCACAGUAUUCUAAGUGAGGCCUUACUAGUGCAUUAUUCAAUUUUCAAUAUUCGAGGACUGCAGUCCUUGAGCCCAGAUGUGUCUUUUCUCGCCAGGGGAAUGACUAUAAGUCUGUCUGUGACACUGCUCUUCCUUUACCUCUCUGCCUGUCUGGGGAAUGAGAAGCGUACGUCUAGACAAGCAGACAAACAAAUUUUGGAGUCUGGUACAAAUGUGUUAAGUCCGGUCUGUGAAUUUUAAAAUUUUGAUGCUCUUCCACCAUGAAAUGGUUCAAUUGUUACAUACUGUGCAGCUUGCAAGUGCAAAACUGGCCAUCUAUUGGAAACACUUGUCAUUAUUAAAUACGUUUAGCAAA